GCGCAGAACGGUGGGAACCUUGUGUGGAAGGCUCCCUGCAAGUGAGCGUUCGCUUCCCCCGGUCGCAUUUUGAGCAGCGCACCCGGAAGGCCAGGCCUGCGGGGCAAGAUGGAGUUCCUGCAGGUCCUGAGGCGAGGACUGCAGCAGGUCAGCGGCCACAACGGCCUCCGAGGCUGGCUGCGAAUGCUCUUCAGGGCAAAUGAUGUGAGGGUUGGUACAUUAGUGGGGGAAGACAAAUAUGGAAACAAGUACUAUGAAGACAACAAGCAGUUUUUUGGCCGUCACCGAUGGGUUAUAUAUACUACUGAAAUGAAUGGCAGAAAUACAUUCUGGGAUGUGGAUGGAAGCAUGGUGCCCCCUGAAUGGCUCUUUCACCUUGGAUUGGUUGCUCAGCUUUUCCUUAUCUUUUAUGACCUUGGCACUUUUGAAAAUUACAGGCACCGUUGGCUUCACUGUAUGACUGAUGACCCUCCAACAACAAAACCACCUACUGCUCGUAAAUUCAUUUGGACAAACCAUAAAUUCAACCUGAGUGGCACUUCAGAGCAAUAUGUACCUUAUUCCACCACUAGAAAGAAGAUUCAGGAGUGGGUCCCACCUUCAACACCUUACAAGUAAAGACAGUGAACAAUUUAAACAUGUAAAAUAUGAGGCUUUUCAUGUCAUUGCACUUUUGCUGCCUACUGUUAAUUAAAAUUAUUUGAUUAAACAAUG